AUGGGGUUCAUGGUGAUGGAUUCGAAGCUUUGUUUAAUGGAUUUCAAUCUCCAAGGAAUCUCAAAGAACGUCAAGCCAACUAUAAAGCAAGUAAGCAUAUUUAACCAAGCUAAGAAUUUGAAAAUCCGUGACUGGGAGUGGGACGGUCACUGGAAAGAGAAAAGGUGGGUCGUGGUGUGGAACCCGUAUUUGGGGCAGAUCAGGUGGAUCCAACCGAUGAAAAGGUUUCACCAGGCAGACAUGUAUGCUCUCGGAUACGAUAACAACAACAACAACCGUAACCAUAAGAUCUUGAGGCUUUUGGAUGUUUUUAAGUGCUCAUACAUCCUUCUCUUUUUCGAAAUCUAUGAAUUUUACUCUAAUGUAUGGAGAGUUCUUGAUGUCAAUCCGGGCUGCCAUGUAAAACCUGGCGCGUCUUUGAAGGGAAACACUUACUUCUUCGCUCAAGAAAAAUUAACGGCUCAAGGGUCACAAUUUGUUUUACUAUGUUUUGAUUUUACAUCGGAGAGAUUCCGACAGCGUCUUAUUCUGCCGUUUAACUCUAGCGUUGGGAGUUCGAAAAUUGUGACUCUAUCUUGUGUUAGAGAUGAGCAGCUCGCUGUGUUACAUCAACGCAAAGAUUAUAUAAUGGAGAUUUGGAUUAUGACCAAGAUUGAGCCCAAUUCAGCAUCCAGGAGCAAAUUCUUGAGAAUGAAAUUGAAUCCGACAAACUUUAUGGCUGAGAGUUUCUUCAUUGAAGAGGAGAAGAAAGGCACUAUUGUUUCAUUCCGCAUAAAUAAACCUCCCUACCAAAGAGCUUAUAUCAUUGGAGUAAAUGGAUGCGGAAGACCUGUGAAUAGCGGAAAAGCUAGGAAACUUGGAUCUGACUAUUAUAACCAACUUGUGUUUUCUUCGACUACUCCAUUACCAUACAAAAUCGCUUUGUGCAGAACCACCCGUGCUAAAGAGAUUAAUGAUUUCCCAUCAGACUUGCCAGAAAAAUAUUUGUCUGAUUUCAAGUCAAUCAAGGAAGACAAACUCGACAAAAAUGUCUUCAUCGGUGAUAUUUCAAUAUCAAACGCUUUCAACUCCACCAAAAUUUUGUUUGAUCCUGACGUCAAGAUCAUGAAAGACUUCAGAGAAAAGUUGCCAAAAAACAAUCAAAUGAUUGUGCAUGCUGAACAAAGUUAUUCGACUUCUUGGGGUGGUGCUAUUGACUACCAUUAA